AUGGCAAAUAAAUUAAAUCUUCAUCAAAGUGUACCAAUCAAAUUAGUUAUUGUUGGAGAUGGUACUGUUGGUAAAACUUGUAUGUUAAUAUCAUUUACAAGUAAUGCAUUUCCUGAAGAAUAUAUUCCAACAGUUUUUGAUAAUUAUACAUCGAAUAUAAUUGUUGAUAAUGUUAAAGUCUCAUUAGGUUUAUGGGAUACAGCUGGUCAAGAAGAUUAUGAUCGACUUCGACCAUUAUCAUAUCCACAAACUGAUGUAUUUCUAGUGUGUUUUAGUGUAAUUAGUCCAACAUCAUUUACAAAUAUAACAAAUAAAUGGAUGCCAGAAAUUCGACAUCACUGUCCGGAUAAGUCAGUUAUUUUAUGUGGAACAAAAAUUGAUUUACGUGAAGAUCGAGAAUAUGUUAAUCAAUUACAUAAACAGAAUAUUCAACCAAUUAAACGUGAACAAGGACAACGUUUAUGUAAAAAAAUACGAGCUUUUAAAUAUGUUGAAUGUUCAGCAUUAACACAAAAAGGCCUUAAACAGGUUUUUGAUGAUGCUAUUCGGGCUGUUUUAUCACCUAAAUCAACAAAACCAUCAAAACACUCAUGUACUUUUCUUUAA